AUGUUUUACCUUGUAGCAUUUCCAAUGGACUGUAGCCCUUCUAGUACGUGCAGUCUCGUGUCCUUUGCUAGAAGUUUCGGCCGGCAGAUAAUGUGGGAGCGGGUCGCUGCCUACCUGUCGUUGAUGAAGACAGUCGCAGUGCAGUUCGAACGGCUUGCUGAAGCAGUUGCGAGCAUUUUUUUGCCACGCUCGAAAGCAGAUUCGCUUCCGAGCCGUCCUGGAAGUGCUCCGGAGACACUGCUGAAGUGCAGAGGGGAUGGCCUCUGCGCGAAUGGACGGAGUUGGUUGCACAGCUUGACAUGA